AUGUCCCGUGCAACCGUUUUAAUGGUACCUGUGAGCGAGGUUGUCGACCUGGUUAUAAAGACAAGACUUGCCAAGGUCCAGGUAGAUAUUUUUCCGUAUCUUUGUUUACUUAUAUUGUCCAUGGAUUUUGUUGCAGGCAUUCUCUACGUGGCACUGGAAUAUGCAAGAUAUGGAGAUUUACGAAGCUAUCUGCGGAGAAGCCGGAAAGAGAAAGGAAUCAUUUAUUCCAAUGGGACUUUACCAAUGACCGCAUUAAACCAGACGACACUGCUGAGACUGGCUCUAGAUGUGGCUACGGGUUUGGCCCAUCUUGCAGAACGACAGAUAAUCCACAGAGAUGUAGCUGCCAGAAAUAUUCUACUCGGAGACAAAUUAGUGGCCAAAGUGGCAGAUUUUGGUUUAUCAAAGAAUGAAGAUACUUACGUAAAAGUUUCUAAUACCAGAGUCCCGGUCAGAUGGAUGGCCAUUGAGUCGUUAUUCAACAACAUUUACACCAUUCAAAGUGAUGUUUGGUCAUUUGGUGUUUUGAUGUGGGAAAUUGUCACGCUCGGUGGUACUCCUUUCGCCGGAAUUGAUACUCAGGAGUUAGUCAACAAACUCAGAGACGGAUAUCGAAUGAAACGACCAGCACAAUGUGAUAUUGCUCUGUAAGUUGGUCUUACCGUGUUCAAAU